GUACGGACACUGUUUGUCAGUGGCCUUCCUGUGGAUAUCAAGCCCAGAGAGCUCUACCUACUCUUCCGACCAUUCAAGGGUUAUGAAGGGUCACUGAUCAAGCUAACUUCAAAGCAGCCAGUUGGUUUUGUGACCUUUGACAGCCGGGCUGGUGCUGAAGCAGCAAAGAACGCCUUGAACGGCAUCCGCUUUGACCCAGAGAACCCCCAGACUUUGCGGUUAGAGUUUGCUAAAGCCAACACAAAGAUGGCCAAGAGCAAGCUGAUGGCCACACCAAACCCCACCAAUAUCCACCCUGCCUUGGGCGCACACUUCAUUGCACGGGACCCCUAUGACCUGACUGGAGCGGCUCUUAUUCCAGCGUCCCCAGAAGCGUGGGCUCCCUACCCACUCUACACCACGGAGCUAACCCCCGCCAUCCCCCAUGCCGCCUUCACGUACCCAGCGGCUCUUCACGCUCAGAUGCGCUGGUAUCCUCCCUCCGAAGCUACUCAGCAAGGAUGGAAGUCUCGUCAGUUUUGUUAG